CCCCAUGCACAGUCCAAGUUAGAUUUAAAUUGAAACCGCUCGUGCUCUGUUCGUCGCUCCCGCUUGCCGCUGCAGAAUUAUACUUAUAAAUCCAAAUUUUUUUUUUAUAUCCACAAAUCCACCUAUAUUUCUGUGUACCUGUUUGUGUGUGUGCGUAGGCGUUACGGUUGUCCGUGUGUUACUGCUCACUGCUGCCCCCGCAAUUAAAGUAAUUCCCACCUGCCCCUUCGUGGAAGCAAGGAAGACCAACAAGUGCUCACACUCAUACGCCCAAGUGCAUCAGUGUGCCACUUGCAUUGCCCGGAGAGUGCGUUCAACCAAUUGAAAGUGAAUUGAAAGCGACAAGUGAAAAUAGAACUGACUAAAGGCGGCAGCAACAGCACCAGCAGCAGCGAUAGAACAGUAAAGUGACAGCAACAGCAACAGCGACAGCGACGGGGAGACAAAGUAGAAUUUAGCAAUUUUUUUGCACGAAAAUAACAAACAGCUGUCUGCGCGACAGCGAGAAAGCGGCAGAGUGUGUGUGCGUGCGUGUUGUUGUUGUUGUUUAGAAGCGUAACAGGUCCGCCUGCGUGGGAGAGCCAAAAGAGAGCGAGAGAGAAGAGAAGCGUUGACUCGUGUGCACAGCUGCAUCUCUGUACACAGCAUCAGAAUGACCGACCUAAACGAAUUGCUGGGAUCGCCAUUUGUGCGCGUCAAGUUGGUGGCGUUUGUGCAUUUCUUCUUCAUAUCGAAUGCCAUGCUGGGCAGCUGGGGGCAUGGAGCCUAUGAGUUCUACAAUUUUCUGUUCAUCAUUUCCAUGUUCUGGUCGAUCCACAGCAAGGACUCAAUUGAAGCAGUGCAAACGGCGCUCGUCAUCGAUGCUUCGAGCAUAUUCUUUGAUCUAGUCAGCAUUAUCAUUUAUUUCCAUUACAUGAAUGGCUGGGCCAUUGCCUUUAGCAUUAUUAACCUGAUCCUGCGGCCCGUGAGCGUGGCGCUGCUCUAUCGCGAGUUCAAUACGCGCGGCGGCAGCCUGCAGACGGGCUCGGUCUUUCCCACCAGCCAGCAGCGCAGCUACCAGGACAUUGAUCGUCCCACGCAGCCGACACCAACCAACGCGCAGCCGGGCCCCAAUGUGGCCAGCAUUUUCUAGGCACAGCCGAAGCGGCCAUCGUCUGCAGAUCCCACGUGGAGAGGAGCAUGUGCACCAAAUGAAUUGUAGUUCAAUGUGGAACACACCCCAACGACUGGCUCUGGAUCUCCUCUGGCUCGGUUUUGUGCUGUUUAAAUAUAUUUUUUUUUGGACGAAUAAAGACAACUAAUCAGAAAUAAUCAAGCGGCGAUCGAUCGAUGGAUUGUUGGUGGCCAAAAAUAUAUUAUUAUUAUAAUUAUUAUUUGUGUGUGUGUAUAACAAUGAUUAAUGAUUGCAAUUUCUACUUAAAAACGAUAAUAAAAGUGGGCCCAGCAGCAACCGAAUAAAUA